AUGACUACAAACGUCGUUCUAGAAACCUCAAUGGGCACCAUCACCCUCGAGCUCUACACGUCCCACGCCCCCAAAACCUGCAAGAACUUCGCCACCCUCGUCUCCCGCGGCUACUACGCAUCCACAAUCUUCCACCGCGUCAUCCCCGACUUCAUGGUCCAGGGCGGCGACCCCACGGGAACCGGCCGCGGCGGCUCCUCCAUCUACGGCGACAAGUUCGAGGACGAGAUCGACCCGAGCCUAAAGCACUCCGGCGCGGGCAUCCUCAGCAUGGCAAACGCCGGGCCCAACACCAACGGGUCGCAGUUCUUUAUCACGCUUGCGCCGACGCCCUGGCUUGAUGGGAAGCACACUAUUUUUGGAAGGGUCAAGAGUGGGCUGGGGGUCGUGAAGAGGAUGGGCAUGGUGCCGACGGGGCCGGAGGAUAGGCCGGUUGAGGAGGUGAAGAUUUUCAAGGCGAGGGUGGUGGAGGAUGAGGAGGAGCUUUGA